AAAGAAGAAGGUACACCUGCAAAAAGAAAAGACUAAUGGGAAACUGGCUUGUUUGCUUUGAUGAUAACCUUGUUCCUCAGAACAACUGUUUGGUGUACUCAUUUGGCAUUGACUAUGACUUUAGAUUUGCCGACGCCAUGGCAGCCAUAGGAUGCACUGUCUACUCCUUUGAUCCCAGCAUGCUGGACACUGCUGACCACAAGCGUGGGGACCGUGUUUUCUUCAAGAGAAUUGGCAUCAGCGAUAAUGACGACGACUAUUUUGUACCCAGUGUCGAUGAGUAUGAUGAACAGCGCCCGGCGGUCAACGGUUGGCCGAAGAGACGUCUGCAGACAAUCCUUGACCUCCUGGGUCACAGAAAGGAGCAGCUGACCGUGCUUAGGAUGGACAUUGAAGGCUAUGAGUGGGACGUCACUCGUGAUCUUCUUGACUCGGGGAUCUUGUCGUCCGUCCCGCAGUUUCUGGUGGAGUGGCACCUGUUUACGGACUUUCCGCCUCGAGAACGAGUCCCUGAUGCCGUUGAAACGUACUUCCGGCUGAAUGACAUGGGCUUCCAGUCAUUCCACAUCGUCAGCCUCUACCGCGGAUCACCGACCUCCUUGAUAAUGCAGGCAGAAGUUGCCUACCUUAACACGAAACGAAUCUGACCUGUCCCUCUAUUUUGUUUGCUUUUAUUUAGCUCAAUCAACUCAGAUUUAAACUCUUACUAUGUCCUUUUAAAUUGCAACAAGCGUUAUAAUAAUAUCAAACUCUAUUAUUAGUAGUUCUACCUUCCCUCACACU